CUUUACCCAUUCUCAAUAUUUAUCCUCAAUAAUUGCACUCCCACGAACUGUUCCUUUAUUUUUAUUUUGUGUGGCUUUGGUGUUUGCUACUCAGCUUUAACUCUCCCAAUGUCCGUCGCAAACCACCAUGGCUGAAGCCACCACCCAAGUCCUCAUCUUUACCUACGGGACAUUGAAACAAGGCCAUGGUAACCACCAUCUAAUACAAGACCUUAUCCUCCAACAAGACGCUAUCUUUUUAGGCUUUCACGUCACUCAUCAACCCCACCCACUCGUCAUAGGCCCACACGGCAUCCCCUACCUCAUCAACGUCCCUGGACAUGGCCACCAAGUCAAAGGCGAGUUAUACUCCGUGUCAACUCGUGGACUGGUCCGACUCGACGAACUGGAAGGAAUCAGCAUAGGGCAUUAUGAGAGGUUGCCUAUUGAACUGUAUGAAGAGGGGAAAGAAGGGGUUUUGGUUGCUGCUGAGGCGUAUUUCGCCCAUAGGAGCUUUGGGGAAAGGCUUUGGGAGAGGAAAGGGAAAGUGGGUUUAACUGAGUUUGGAGAAGAAGAGGGAAAAGGGUAUGUUGGAAUAGAAGAUAGGCCUCAUGGGUGUGAUGUUCUUCAUGAUAUUACUUCAUUUCUUAGCUAUAAUAGUGAAGAAUUGUAGUUUGUUUCUUUUAUUUAUUUAGUUAAUUUAGAUAUGAAUCUAUUAAACAUAAUUGUAUGCUUACAAAACCAUUUGCACACUAACCGGGAAACAAAGGCAAGCAUGCUAGCCAAGAAACCUUCACACAGCUAAGGGGCUUCUUGUCUCGUGCCAUUACCAUUUCAUCUGAAGUGGUCAAUUCCACGCUCACCCGUAUUCCCGGUAGUGCGAUUUCGGAUUUCACUUCUGAUCUCUGCUGGUUUGGCUCUUUGUAGAAAAUUUGUUGUUUACGCAGUUUUUUAGCUGUACCAAAGACAGAUGUCAAUUGGUGAUUGGUUUGUCUUGUGAUGUUUCAGUUAUGAUUAACUACUCAUAAUAACAUAUCUUAGAGAUUGAUUCAGAUCUGAAUCAAA